GCGCAGUCCAGGCUGCGCGCUCAAUGGCAGGCAGGUGCGCCCAGCGGCCACGUGGAGCUCCGCUGCGCGCAGAAGAGGCGCGCGGCUGGCCCGGACUGCUGUUGCUGCUCUUUCUCCUCGUUCUGCGCAGCGCCCGCUGGAGAUGGUGUUUCCUCAGCAGGAGCGGGGGCAAACUUGUUUUUCAGUGGGGAUUAAGACACUUUUGGAAUCUACAGCCAGCUGCUACAAGAAGAUGUCCACACCCACCAAGGUCUUCUGGAAAUGCAUCCCUAAAGAAAUCCUGGCCCACAUAUUUUCCUACUUGCCUUUUGAAGACAGGCACAUGGCCUUCUCCAUCUGCCAGUGCUGGGCUGAGGCAGUUUCUUUCCAUUCUGUCUGGAGGUUUACUGAGAUCAGUUGUGACACAGAGAGUAUGGAUAAUGAGUGCAUGUUGGAGAGACUGCACCAGUACCUGUGCCGUAUCAAACACCUGAAGGUUGUGCUUGAUCAGUCCCGGCAGCUAUAUCGGAGGCAUGCAGCUCAAAUUUUGGACAUACUGAAUUGGCAGAGCCACAGGCUGCGGGCACUGUGUAUUGAGUGCUACGGAGUGGGUCCUUAUUACUAUUCUGGCCAAGACAUCCUGCAGAAUUUCAGAAGCCUCUUUGAGAACACAGGCAAGAUUGAUCUUCACUAUAUAGAUUUACGACAAACUCCUUAUACUCUGGACAAUGGGAUGAUCCAACUGAUUGCAACCAGUAGCCCGAAUCUGCACACCUUGUUAAUCAACAACCACCCCUCUGGAGUAAUUAUCCUCAGGCCAAAGACCAUCACUGAAGUUCUGAGGGUUUGUCCUAAAUUAUCUGUGUUGGGGGUCUAUCAUGUCCUCCUCUCUGAGGAUGUGUUCCGAGAACUGUUGAAGCCCAACAGAAGACCCUUCAGGUUUUUGGACAUCUACUGUGACAGCCUGGAUCACAACAUCCCUGAAAGGCUUUGGUCUGCUUUGACUGAGAAACACCCACAGCUCCGUGUCGGGUUGGAGUUUGAUCUCAUGGUCCCUGCAUGGGAAAUGACUACAUUUUUAAUGCCCAAUAUCCCCAUCGUUGCCUUGCAAUUUAACACCUUUAUGUACACAUCUAGACAGAUUCAGUAUGUUACUGACAGCUACAACAGGACUCUGGAGAGGCUAGUCUUUGACACCACCCCAUCCGAUGACCUCAAUGACUUGCUCAUAGAGCUGGCCAAGAGAUGUGUGUGCUUGAAAGAGAUCCACUGUUACUGUGCAGUUAGCCAAGCAGUGAUAGAUGCUUUCCUCUUGAAUUGCCCAGGUCUGAUCAGAUACACUUUAUCAAUGCACUAAUCACUGCUGGCAGAACAGAGUACAAACAGUACAGAGGUCAAAUAAUCUUACUUCUGAAACUUCUCCUGUUCCAAAGCAUCGAUAUGGACACAUCCAAAAAGUAACUGGGGUGGAGUGGGGGAAGGUGGAGCAGUGUCAGCCUUGGGCAUAAAGUCAGAUCGCAAGUUUAGAGUUUGUUUGAUUUUUAUGGGAUUGAAUGCUGCUCACUUUGUUCUGGAGACCUGUGGCUAAACUAUUUUACGAAGCUAAAUUUUAAUAUUUUUAAUAAUUUUAUGGUAAUUAUAAUCUGCAAUAAAGGGAUUGCAUAUAAA